AUCUCUUCAGUCCUCGCUCUCAGGGCUCCUCCGCACUCUCAAACGCGUCGGGCUCUUAUCCACACCUCUUCUUUUCCGCCUCUCACCAGGUGGCGGAAACGGAUACCUCCACGACCAGGCGAUCGAAGUCAGCGCCACGGUGUCGCAAAGCUCUUCCCAAACGUUUCUCGGCAUCGGCGGCUCAGGCGCAUGGUGGCCGUACGACCUGUACAACUUCCCCGAGCCCGUCCGCCAGAACCUCUCCGCGCUCCUCUUCUCCCCCGACGGACUGGGCCUGACGAACUACCGAUGGAACGUCGGCAGCGGCGGCGUGGACGUGGACAACCCGACGCGUGCGAUCGAGACGUUCUACCGUGUCGGCGCGGGGGACGGUGCGGGGCGCUACGACUGGAGCGCGGACAGGCAGGGGGUAUAUUUCUUGCGCAAGGCCGCGGAGCACGGCGUGCCGUCCCUGACGGCGUUCGUGAAUAGUGCGCCGGCGCCGUUGACGUCGACGGGCGGAAGUUGCGGUGGCGCGUUUGUUAAUGGCACCGGCGCUGAAUUCGCUGCGUUCCUCGCGGAUGUGAUUGUUCACUGGAGAGAAGACGGCAUCCCCAUCAACUUUGUCUCGCCGAUGAACGAGCCGGAC